UCAGUCCAUGUUCCAGAUUUUGGGGAGGGUUCUGGGUUUUAGCUAGCGAGCCAUUAUCCGGCUAAUUCGGUAAUCUUGCUUUGUGACGUAGGCCCGAGUACUAGGGCCUGGCAUUGGGUAAUGUCAGUGUUGCGUUCGUGGCCUGUGCUCGUCCACGUUAGCCCCAGGCUAAUAGCCGCAGCUUUGGAGACCAGCUGCCUGUCCUGCCCUUUUCCCCGUGGCCCAGUGUGCAUAGCUGUUGUGUAUACAGAGCCCCCUCGCUGCUUAUAGCAUGUGCUGUCACCCCGCCCCUCCGACUGGGCCAGUCUGCCGGAUGCCUGCCCUGCACCGGCCCCUGUGCCCGAUUUAGCCCACUCGGCUCUCUGGGACCUGAGCAUUAGCUGGCGGCCGCUCGGGAAGGGACGCCGCGGUUGCUAAACUUGCGCUGCGCUGUGCUUUUUUUAAGACCAGCGUCUCCACAGGACCGAACCUGACCAUGGAGCCCCUCGCGCAGGUCUCUGUCCCAAACAAAUGCCCAAGAAUAAAAAAAGCAGACCCAGAUCUGGACGGCGAAGUCUACAUGAACUUCAUGAAGAGCCACUGUUGCUACGACACCAUUCCCAUCAGCUCCAAACUGGUUAUCUGUGACACCACACUAAAGGUGAAGAAGGCCUUCUUUGCCUUGCUCGCUAACGGCCUGAGGGCUGCCCCUCUCUGGGACGCCAGACGGCAGUGUUUUGUAGGAAUGCUAACCAUCACCGACUUCAUUAACAUUCUCCACCGCUACUACAGGUCUCCCAUGGUGCAGAUCUAUGGACUGGAAGAGCACAAGAUUGAGACUUGGAGAGCAGUGUACCUGCGGUACUCCUUUGACUCUUUGAUCAGCAUCACCCCUGAAGCCAGCUUGUUCGAUGCCAUCUAUGCUCUGCUGAAAUACAAGAUCCACAGGCUUCCGGUGAUCGACCCGGAGUCGGGAAACGUGCUGCACAUAAUGACACACAAGCGUAUCCUCAAGUUCCUGCACCUCUUUGGCUCAGCGAUCCCAAAGCCGCGCUUCUUGCAGAAGAAAAUUGGGGACGUCGGCAUCGGGACGUUCAAGAACAUCGCCAUGGUCCAGGAGACCGCCACGCUUUACGACGCCCUGUCCAUUUUCGUUGAGCGACGCGUGUCUGCACUGCCUGUGGUCAAUAAGGAAGGGAAGGUGGUCGGCCUCUACGCCAGAUUUGAUGUGAUUAAUCUGGCAGCCCAGAAGAGCUAUAACAACCUGGACAUUACCAUGCGGGAGGCGCUGCGGGGGAGGGUGUGCUAUGUGGAGGGCGUGAUCAAGUGCUACCCCCACGAGACCCUGGAGGUUGUGAUCGACCGUAUCGUGGAAGCGAAGGUUCACCGCCUUGUGAUGGUGGACAAGGAGGAUGUAGUGAAGGGCAUUGUCUCCCUCUCUGACCUACUGCAGGCCAUGGUUUUGACCCCCGCAGGUAUCGACGCCCUUUUUUCUUAGCACCUGGGGGGGUCGUCCAUCCGCCCUCAACACCUGACAGCCUUUCCCCCCAGCCAAGAGAUAUAAAGACUGAAAUGGAAAGAAAACAGUGGAUAGUGGAAGAAGAAAGGAUUUGUACAUAUUUGAAUUCUUAAAUGUAACAGUCAAUAUGACUGUGUCUUUGAAAUCCUGUACUAAAACUUUAAGGCAAUGUAUUUUGUCUCCAUGCAAAUACUAAUACUUUUUUAUAUUUGACUUUUUGUAAACUGAUGUCUGGCUGUUUAUUUAUGAUUUUUUUAAUCUUAUUAAAUCAAAUUUUAUAUGAUGUGUUCCAGUGAGUAACUGGACACGGUAAGCUGAACUAGUGAUUUGGCACAUACGAUAAUUGAAAACAUCACUUAGCUAUUUUGAAAUAAUAUCAUUGCCUGAUUGCUCUGUUUCAUGUGAGGAGUAGUACUAACCACAGUCAUUAUCAUACGUAAUUAUAUCCAACAAAUAGCAGAUUUGGGCGGGUGAAACGGACUCUAUCUCUACAAAAUGUUCAAUAGACAAGAGCCCAUUGGAGAGUCUUAAACCAUAUACUGUACCGGUGUUGUAAACAAUUGCAUUUUCCCAAGAUCCACAAUACAGAAAGCUACAUGAU